CGUUGGUUGAAGGCCCUGUCGCCAAGACGCCAACAAAAGAGGGAGCCACUCUUCUUCACGGCUCGCACUCGUCAAAUCCUCGGCCAUGGCGACGAGCUUCUUGUUGCCUACCACCACCGCUUCAGCCUCCGCAUCCCUCCUCCUCAUCCACCGCCAGCGUGCCACCGGCCCCUCCCUGUCCUUCCGCCUCAAGCCCCACCGCUCCCGAGUUCAUCUCAAACCUCCGCGCUCCUCCCGAAUUCCCUCCCUCCCCACCUCCUCCUUGAAGACCCCGACCGAGAGCGUUCUCUCUUCCGUCGUCUCCACCUCGAGGACCCUCCUUUUCGUGCUCGUCGCAGGCCUCCUUUCCCUCUCCGGCGUCCGCUCGCACCCCGCCCUCGCCUACGCUCCCGCGCCGACCCAGCAACUCCAAGAAAUCGAAGAGCAAGAUGAGCAGCAAGAUGAGGAGGUGCGAAUGUAUUCGGCAAUUCUGAGCCGCAGUCCUGGCGACGUGGACGCGCUCAAGGGCGCUCUGUACGCUAAGAUGAGGCGCGCGGAUUGGGGCGGGGCGCUGCGGUACGCGCGGCGGCUGCGUGACGCCGAGCCCAGCGAGGUGGAGUGGCGGCUGAUGGUGGCGCAGCUGAACGAGCUCAAGGGGGACCUCGCCGAGGCCGAGUGUCAGUUCAGGGAGCUCCUGGCACAGGAGCCCCUCCUCGUCCAGGCUCUCCAUGGACUUGCACUAUGUAUGCAGAAGAAACUUGAAGGCCCUACUGUUUUUGAAAUGCUUGAGAAUGCUUUGCAGCUUGCAACUUCAGAGAAAAGGGUCCCAGAAGAGCGCAACAUAAAGCUUUUGAUCGCACAAAUGCAUGUUGUCAUGGGUCAGUUGGAUGUUGCAUCUGAAAAACUGCAGAAUCUUAUAAAUGAGGAUCCAAGAGAUUUUCGGUCUCAUCUUUGCCAGGGCAUUGUGUAUGCGCUUCUAGACAGAAAAGAAGACGCAGAUAAGCAGUUUGAUAUAUACAGAAGCCUUGUGCCGGAUGAAUUCCCAGAUAAGAGUUUUAUCAGUGAUGUUAUACUAGCGGCUAGAAUGGAGUCACAUGAUCGGCUACAAAAGGAAUUUGAAUCUGAGUUUCAAACAAAGAAAUGAUACAUUAAGAUUUCUGUAGAUGAGGCCCAAAUACUCCUGGUAGGAUAAAUAGUUGCAUAGUGAUGUGCACCAAAAUGCACCAAUCUUACAAAUGAAAUAUAACACAGUAAAGCAUAGUGAAAAGAGGUGUCUCCUAUCAGGCUAUCGCCAAUUUUCCUCAUUUCCUCUCCCUCUCAGUCUCUGCAGGCAUUUGUCAGUAAAAUUUAAUGUAGCGAAGAGCAAGUUCUGCUUGAAGUAAAAGCUGUAGUAGCCAAUCAGAUGGAUUGAGUUGUUGUACAAAUGUAGAAAUUGUAAAGCUUAUAUUUCGUCCCUUCUUUUUGCACUAUCAGCAUAAUGUUCAUGUUGUAAGCACACUUGAUCCAUUUUAUGUAACAUUCUUACAGCUUCAAGGCAUCUUCCUGAACA